ACCGACAUAGGUCUCAGCUCUUUUAAAGACAGAAACCGAGGAAAAAACAAUAGGAACAAAACAGGAGAUCCAAAAAUGGGUGAUUCGAAGGUGGAAACUAUCUCCAGAUUAGCUCAAUGGAGGAUCGACAACUUUGGUCCUUGUUCUUACAAAAAAUCCGACCCUUUCAAGGUUGGUCUUUGGAACUGGCACUUGUCUAUAGAGAAGAAUCGGUAUUUGUAUAUUCGUUUAUUUCCUGAACCAUCUCGGGUGUCUAAAGAGCAGCCUCCUUUCGCUAAAUUUAUACUUCGGGUCUCAAAUGCUGGUGCUAAUCGUAGACUUUAUAUCUCCCCAGUUCAUGAUAGACCACUGCAAACAUGUGAUGACUUUGUUUGGCCUGUUGAUUCUAUAUUCCAUGGGCGCUUCAUUAUUGAUGUUGAGUUCCUGGAGCUGAGGAUCAGCCCCAUAAAUGGUGGUGAAUUCAUUUCCAUAUGGCCUACUGGUGGAGCAAUGCAGUCUGUAUCAACUCAAAGCACCCUGUGCUGCCUUGCUAGCAUGCUUGAUGAGGGUAUUCUUGCAGAUGUUACCAUCAAGACUGCUGAAGGUACUGUAAGUGCUCACAAGGCGGUUCUAUCUGCUAGUUUACCCGUUUUUGAGAGCAUGUUCCAUCACAACCUUAAGGAAAAGGCAUCAUCCACAAUCCUUAUAGAGGACAUGUUGCUGGAAUCUUGCAUGGCCCUUCUAAGUUACUUGUAUGGAAUAAUAAAACAAGAGGACUUUGGGAAGCAUCGACUGGCAUUACUGGGAGCGGCAAAUAAAUAUGACAUUGUAGAUCUAAGAGAUGCUUGCGAGGAAAGCCUCUUAGAAGACAUCAACUCACAGAAUGUGCUUGAGAGGUUGCAGGAGGCUUGGCUUUACCAAUUGAACAAGCUGAAGAAAGGGUGCAUGAUGUACUUGUUUGAUUUUGGCAAGAUAUAUGAUGUUAGAGACGAAAUCAAUAACUUUUUCAGGAUGGCAGACAGAGAACUGAUGCUGGAGAUGUUUCAAGAAGUACUGACAGUUUGGAAACUGGUAUGACUUUCCUUGGGGUUUUAAGUUUCAGUUGCUGGUGAGCUGACAAUUACAUAGGAGUCCAUACAGUAUAGUUUGUUGUAUAUUACUCAAUGAAAUCCACAUCUUUUGUUUUUGUUUUUGGUUUUAUUUUUUGUUUUUCCUUCUUUCCUCUUAUAAUAUGCAUAUAUAGGUCUGCUAAGAUCUUUUUUACAUGUCAGGAAUCAAUAGCUUGGGUUGUGUGUAGCUUUGUAUGGUACCUGAUUUUAAAUCUUCAUUUGCAUGUAAGGAAUUUAAGCUUGGGUUGUUGAGAGUAUCUUCUCUGUGAACUUUGUUUUGCAGUUAGGAAAUGUAUGAUUGCUUCAUAUUUGAGUUGUUGUUUCUUUUCUAUCAAUAAUUAUUUGGUAAUUAAGUAAUUACUUAUGAUUAUUGAUGAAUGCAACUACUUGAACUUCAACCAAGAUAGUGACAAGGGGAAAGUUCAGGCA